AACCGAAAAGUCAUGGCGGCUGACAGGUUGUGAUGAGCCAACGAAAAAAAACAGUGGAGUCUUUCAAGUUGGAUUGAUUAGAUUUAAGCCAGUCCGGUGGGUAAAGCUCGACUGACAAGAUGCUGAUAACUCUGAAGACAUUGCAACAACAAACAUUUAAAAUUGACAUCGAUGAGGAGGAGACGGUGAAAUCAUUAAAAGAGAGGAUUGAAAAGGAGAAGGGGAAGGACAUCUUUUUGGUUGCAGCACAGAAAUUGAUCUAUGCUGGUAAAAUCUUAAAUGAUGACACGCCUCUCAAGGAGUACAAGAUUGAUGAGAAGAACUUUGUGGUGCUCAUGCUGACAAAGCCCAAAAUGGCCUCAGCCACCACACAGACUUCAUCAACCACUUCGGCUCCCGUCUCCACGGCUCCUGCAGCUCCUCCUGCAGCUCCUCCUGCAGCCGCUCCUGCAGCUCCUGCAGCUCCUCCUGCAGCCGCUCCUGCAGCUCCUCCUGCAGCCGCUCCUGCAGCUUUGUCUAGUUUAGAGAAUCCAUCAGAGCCGGCUCCCUCCGACGACAACAAGUCAGAGGACAAACCAGAGGAGACGCCACCAAGCUCUGAACCAUCCUCCACCAGUAGUGGCAGUAGCGGCUCUGAUAUUUCACCAAACUUGAUAGAUGAAGCUGUUUCAACUCUUGUGACAGGUUCGUCAUAUGAUGCCAUGGUAAAUGAAAUGAUGCUUCUGGGCUUCGGGAGAGAAGAAGUGGUGGCAGCUCUGAGAGCGAGCUUCAACAACCCUGACAGGGCUGUGGAAUACCUGCUGUCGGGUGUGUCAACCAGAGAUCAGAGUCCUGCACCAGGACCUGAUACCACGGCGACUCCAUCAAGUGGAGCUCCAGCUCCUCCCCCCGGAAGCGUUAACACUCCUGCCAACACUGGAUCUUCACCAAGUGCUGCGGCAGGAACCAAUCCCUUGAACUUCCUAAGAAAUCAGCCUCAGUUCCAGGUGAUGCGGCAGCUGAUUCAGCAGAAUCCUGCCCUGCUUCCAACGUUGCUGCAGGAGAUCGGCAGGGAGAACCCAGAGCUGCUGCAAGAGAUCAGCAGCCACCAAGAACAGUUCAUCCAGAUGCUGAAUGAGCCAAGUCCAGACUCGGCUCCAACAGGUGGUGGAGGAGGACUGGGUGGAGCUGGAGGAGUGGGAGGUGGCUCAUCUGGUGGGGGUCAGAUGAGCUAUAUCCAGGUCACACCACAGGAAAAAGAAGCUAUUGAAAGGCUAAAAGCCUUGGGUUUUCCAGAAGGACUCGUCAUCCAAGCCUACUUUGCUUGUGAUAAGAAUGAGAACUUGGCUGCCAACUUCCUUUUACAACAAAACUUUGACGACGAUUAAAGGAGACGGGCUUUUUUUGUUGUUGUUUUCACUCUUCCUCUUCCACUGUUUUGUUAGUCAUGUUCGGUAUAUCUGCAAAUAAGCCUUUUAAUUUCCAACGUGUAUUUUAUUCCCCGGUUCCAAAUCAAAGUUUUAUGAUAACACUGGAUAAUUCUCAGUUGGGAGCUGCUGUAAAAGGACGAGCUGUUGUUAACAGGUUACGAUGGAGUAGUGAUUAAAAUCCAAUACUUUUGCAUCAGA